UCCUGUUGUCAGUUAUCUGAACGGAAGAAACGCGGACGUUUAAAAGAAAAAAGAAGGAAUAGAAAGUAGAGGUAGUGUUGGUAUCGAAACUGUAUUUAUAUUAUUAUUUUUACAAAUAUAUAUUAUGGAGACCUGAGCCUCCAGAACAGGUUGCGGAAGGAAGCAGUAGUGCUACAUUAACGCAAGUAUCGCUUGAUCAGAGGAAAAGCGGACAUGGAAGGCGUGCAGAUGAGGAACAACCCGCGCAGGCAACUAAAGAAAUUAAGCGAAGAUAGCUUAACAAAGCAACCAGAGGAAGUUUUUGAUGUUUUAGAGAAGCUUGGAGAAGGGUCCUAUGGCAGUGUGUUUAAAGCUAAUUACAAAGAAACUGGAGAGAUUGUAGCAAUAAAACAGGUUCCUGUUGAGUCUGACUUACAAGAAAUAAUAAAAGAAAUCUCAAUAAUGCAGCAGUGUAACAGUCCACAUGUUGUACGUUACUAUGGAAGCUAUUUCAAGAACACAGAUUUGUGGAUUGUAAUGGAAUACUGUGGUGCUGGAUCUGUAUCUGACCUAAUCAGGCUUAGAAACAAAACGCUGAAUGAAGAAGAAAUUGCUACAGUGUUACAGUCAACAUUGAAAGGACUAGAGUACCUGCACUUUAUGAGGAAAAUCCACAGAGACAUCAAAGCAGGCAACAUACUUCUUAAUUCAGAGGGUCAGGCAAAGCUAGCUGACUUUGGAGUGGCUGGCCAGCUAACGGACACCAUGGCCAAGCGCAAUACAGUCAUUGGAACACCAUUCUGGAUGGCACCAGAAGUCAUACAGGAGAUUGGCUACAACUGUGUAGCUGACAUCUGGUCCUUGGGGAUAACAGCUAUUGAAAUGGCGGAAGGGAAGCCACCAUAUGCGGACAUUCAUCCAAUGCGUGCAAUUUUCAUGAUCCCUACAAAUCCUCCUCCAACAUUCAAGAAUUCAGAGGACUGGUCUGAAAAUUUUAGGGAAUUUGUCAAGCAGUGCCUAGUUAAGAGGCCUGAAGAGCGAGCAACAGCUACCCAGCUAUUGCAGCAUCCAUUUAUAAAAAAUGCCAAACCCAAUUCAAUCCUCCGUGCUUUGAUCAACGAGGCCAUGGAAAUCAAAAACAAACGACAAGAAGAAAAGCAGAGGGAGCUGGAUCAAGAUGACGAUGACACGGAUGAGGAUGAGACUGAUUCUGGUACCAUAUUGAGAGCAGGAACUGGAGAUUCUGGUACAAUACGUGCUGCCAGCACCCUUAGUGAGGGUUCACUAACUAUGGUGGAACGGGACAGUGGCUUGGAUUCUUUAAUGGGCACUAUGGUUAUCAACAAUGAAGAUGGCGUUGACGAGGAUGAAGAAGCAGGGACAAUGAAAAGAAAGGAUGAGACGAUGCAGCCUUCAAAACCAUCCUUCUUGGAAUAUUUUGAACAAAAGGAGAAGGAAGUUCAUGCAAACAGCUUUGGGAACAGCAAUGACUCUGACAUCUCCAAAGCAACAACAGAGAUGGAUUUAGAGAUGAUGAAGAGCUGGAGUGUUGAAGAGCUACAGAAGAAGCUGGCCACCCUUGAUCCAAAGAUGGAGCAAGAAAUAGAAGAGAUACGCCUACGUUACCAGGCCAAGCGACAGCCUAUUCUGGAUGCCAUUGAGGCUAAGAAACGGCGCCAGCACAACUUCUAACUAAAGUAAAGGCACCCUGUAAUUGUUGUUCUAGGGGUGGUUACUUUUUGUUUUAAAAAUAAAACGAGGACACAAAA